UAUAAUACCCUAAAAAUGGCAUUCAUGAAUAUUGCACGAGGUACCGGAGUGGUAACACCGCUACCUUCUUUACGAAUAAUAAUUACCACUAGUGUCCUUUGUCCCCCCUUUGUAACGGGUACUACCGGAGACGAUACACUACACCAGCCAUCUGGAACAGCGGAAUCACCAACGGACUACUUUGCGCUUAAACCACAAAUUAAAUCGAAAACAUUAAUCGUCCACCUAGAAAACAUAAGGUGGAUGAUAGAUGAAGGAGACCAGAUCUUAGGAUAUUCAGGAAAUAGCGAUCUAAGAAUUCUCAAAGAGCUUUGGGGAAUACAUGAAAACAUGCAAGUUACCGAGGAAACCAAUGCAAUUAGUACAUUGAUAAGGGAUUCUCAUAGGCAAACUGCGGUAAUGAACAAUGCAGUGAGUGACAUCGAUGUCGCCAUUAACAGGCUGAUUCUUGCAGUAAAUGGGAAAGGAGAUCAUGCGACCGCACUAAUGACAACCGACAUUACACAGGAGCGACUAAGAUGUUUGUUUUAAAUACAAUCCCUCGUGCGAUCGACUCCAUGU